AUGGUGAAAAAGAAAAGAUUUGCUAAUUGGAUACUUGAUGUUGGAGAUGGAAAUAUUAGUUCUGCUGUUGGUGAUGAGUCAGAAGUUGAAAUUUCAGAUUAUCUGCUGAUUACAACUACUGAUGACCCUCUCUCUCAUUUAGUAGACUUUAUAUAUCCGAAUUUGUUGCAAAACAUGUCAGAUUACAUGUAUCUUCAGAAUAGGACAAUUCUUGCACCCACACUUGAGAGUGUCGAGAAGGUAAAAAAUUUCGUCUUAACAAUUUUUUUAGGGAUGAAAAAUGAGUAUCUAAGUUCUGACACAACAUAUCAAGCUGAUGAGAAUGAAGAUGUACAACAAGAGUGGUUUACACCAAAAUUCUUAAAUGACAUCAAAUGUUCGGAACUACCCAACCACAAGUUAACUUUGAAGCCAGGAGUCGCUAUAAUGCUACUGCAAAACAUAGACCAGACUUUAGGUUUAUGCAACGGGACAAAGUUAAUAGUUAACAAAUUUGGCAACAACGUAAUUGGAGCGAUAGUAGUGACCAGUAGAAAUAUUGGCAACAAAGUGUAUAUUCCAAGAAUGAAUUUGAUCCCUUCAGAUUCAGGAUUGUCAUUUAAGUUCCAAUGGAUAUAA